CUUGAGCCAGGAACAAAUCGCAAUUUCCCGCACCUUCUUGAACCAAACCAGAAGCAACGAUGCAAAAGAAGCAAACUUUCGAUCUCUUACUCAAAACCCAAUGUGGUCAUCUUUGCGCAGAAUCUCAAAUAUGAAAUGUCUCUUCUCCUCAGCCCAAUCGCUAUCACUAUCACCCAAACCCAUCUCUAACACUCACCACACUCCUUCUCCUCCUCUCUCCUCGGCUUUUCUCCAACCCACAACUCGGUGCCCUGCAAUUCGUUCGCUUUGGUUCAAGCCCAGAAUUGCAGAGGGAGUACGAGCACUGCACACCAUGCAAAACCCAGAAGCUAUUUCGUACCUGACGCAGAGCCAAGCUGCUGAGAUCGAUGAGAUUCUCAUGGGUCCUCUGGGAUUCAGUGUGGACCAGUUAAUGGAAUUGGCUGGUUUGAGCGUGGCCACUUCAAUAGCAGAGGUUUAUAAACCGAGCGAGUAUAAUCGUGUCCUCGCGAUUUGUGGUCCUGGAAACAAUGGUGGUGAUGGUCUUGUGGCUGCUCGUCACCUGCAUCACUUUGGGUAUAAGCCGUUUGUUUGUUAUCCAAAGCGUACUGCUAAGCCUCUUUAUACUGGUCUGGUCACUCAACUGGAAUCACUGUCAGUCCCUUUCAUAUCUGUGGAAGAUCUGCCUUUGGACUUGUCAAAGGACUUUGACAUUGUUGUAGAUGCAAUGUUUGGGUUUUCAUUCCGUGGUGAUCCAAGGCCCCCUUUUGAUAAUCUAAUCCAAAAGCUUAAUUGUAUCAAUAAUUAUGAUCAAACACGCCAAAAGUCCUCUGCUGUUGUCUCCAUAGAUAUCCCAUCUGGGUGGCAGGUUGAAGGAGAUGGUGGUCCAGAAGGCAUUAAGCCUGAUAUGUUGGUUUCUCUGACUGCUCCAAAGUUGUGUGCGAAGAACUUUUGUGGUCCACACCAUUUUCUGGGUGGUAGAUUUGUCCCACCAUCUAUUGCUGAUAAAUAUAAGCUUCGUCUUCCCCCAUAUCCAGGCACUUCUAUGUGUGUACGAAUGGGAAAGCCUCCUCAAGUUGAAAUAUCUGCUCUAAGAGAGAACUAUAUUUCUCCUGAGUUUCUUGAGGAACAGGUGGAGGCUGACCCCUUUGAUCAGUUCCGCAAAUGGUUUGACGAUGUAGUGGCUUCUGGCUUAAGGGAACCAAAUGCAAUGGCCUUAUCAACUGCUUGCAAGAAUGGAAAACCCUCAUCGCGAAUGGUAUUGCUGAAAGGAUUUGAUAAGAACGGUUUUGUCUGGUAUACCAAUUAUGAAAGUCGAAAGGCACAAGAGUUGUUUGAAAAUCCUCAUGCAUCUCUUCUUUUCUACUGGGAUGGUCUGAAUCGGCAGGUGAGAGUGGAAGGAUCUGUGCAGAAGGUUUCUGAUGAGGAAUCUGACCAGUACUUCCAUAGCCGUCCUCGAGGAAGUCAGAUUGGAGCAAUAGUUAGCAAGCAGAGCACAAUAGUUCCUGGAAGGCAUGUUCUCUAUGACCAAUAUAAAGAACUAGAAGAAAAAUUCGCAGAUGGAAGUUUAAUUCCUAAACCAAAGAACUGGGGAGGAUACAGACUUAAGCCAGAGAUGUUUGAGUUUUGGCAAGGUCAAAAAUCUCGCUUGCAUGACAGGCUGCGAUAUUCUCCUCGGGAGAUCAAUGGACAACAAGUAUGGAAAAUUGAGCGGUUGGCUCCUUGAUAAUAAUUUCAGCACCUUCAUUUUGAAGUUCAUCCUUCAGAAAUACUAUUUGGAGACCAUUGACCCCCUGGAGAAAUGUUACUGUUAAAGACACUCAGAGCAGCCAUUUUGGUUGACUGCUUUGUGCCAGUGGCCACAAUUCUUUCUUGGUUGAUGAGUGACACAAGCCAUUGGAAUUUCUAAUUGCUAAGGAUGAAUAUAUGGAUAAACUUUUCUUUUCAUAUCUGUUUUGGGAGUAUUUUUGAUAGUGCUCAAGAGCCUUUUAGAUAAUCAACAACAUAUUUUUGUGCUUUUGAGAUUUCUUUUCAUGGAUUUCUCUUAUAUCUCAGUUAUGCAGAA